AUGUGUGGUGGUUGGGGGACUUGGGGGACUUGGGGCAUUUGGGGAGGUGCGGGAGGUGGUGGGAAGUGGUGGGAAGUUAGAAGUGAGAAGUUAGAAGUUAGCGUGAGACGAACAUUGGAAAUCCUCGGUUUCUUCGGAAUUCACUUGAAUGAAGGGGAUGAAGGACAAUACGAUGAUUAA